AGGAGGAGGAGGCUGUGAUUAAUGACAUUCAAGCUGUGAAGGUGUCUCAGCGCAGAGCCAGCCUCCCCGUUGUAUCCUCCUCCUCCUCCUCUCGCAGUCACUUCUCUCCAUCUGUUUUGAUGCAGCUCAACACAGCUCGUCACAUUAUCCUCCCUCCGUCUGGAAACCGCAGCAGCCUCGGGAUACAACCCAGCACCACACUCCUCUCAGUGCUGCACCUGGGAGGCAGCUGUGCACAGCGCGUUACCUUACUGGACAUUUGAAACAAACCCUCGGAGCCCUUUCUUCUUCUUCUUAGGUGCUCACUGAAAACACUUAGGUGUUUGAUUCAGCAGGAGCCUCUGCUCUGCUGCUUCAGCUCCUCCAGCUGCUGCAAGGAACUUUACGAGGAGCCGAGGUGCUUUUGCUCCUUUUAUUUCUCACCUGGAUGCUGAGGAGGCCAGCAGGAUGGACCUCACCUACAUUUGUCUCCUCUUCGUGGCUCUUAUGUUGAUCCAGCACAGCGAAGCCCUCUCCGUUUCGAGCUAUGCGCUGGAGGAGGGCCCCCCGGUGCAACACCCCUAUACGGCUCACCGGCGAGAGAAACGCUGCUCCUGCGAGAACCAGAAAGACAAAGAGUGCAUUUUUUUCUGUCACAUUGGCAUCGUCUGGGUCAACACCCCGAGCCAGCUGGUGCCUUACGGCUUCGGAUCGGUGCGAGUGAGGAGAGAGCUGAGCCGCUGCCGCUGCAUGGAUUCAGGGGAUGCCAAGUGCAUGAAGUUCUGCAGCGUCCAGGAGAAACCAAGAGCUGAGAACGCUCCUUUGAAGAGGAAGACGGACAAACAGCUGAGAGGAUACAAAGCUGCAUUCUGGGAAAAGAGGAGCAGACACGCACUCAGACAGACCUGAGGAAGAGGAAGCCAACCAGUGACACCAGCCCCUCUUGAUGGAAGUCAUUGAUGUAUGAAUGAGAACGAAAGGACCGGGCGUGGACAUGUACAGUGUGUGUUUGUGUAAAUGUAACGACAGUGAAGCGUUAGGACAGGAGUGCUGAUCACUUACAAACUCAUCUUUCUAACAUUUAGCUGGCAUCCUGCCCUGCUCAGAUUCUUUAGAGCUGAGGGAGUUGAAUUUUCUGUUACCGGAUGAUUGCAGCUUAUUUACAGCACAGAAAGAUGGAGGAUGUCUCCAUCAAGGCUGGACCAGAAACUGCUCCAGAGCAGCCGGCGUGUGAAAACCUCACAUCUCUGAAGUUUCGAGUUUUUCCAAAUGAGUUUCAAAUAUGUCUGCCACAGAAGCUACAUAGGGUCGCUACCUCAGUUAAGGAUGUUAUGGAUCAUCUAAGGUUGAUUCAUUUGGUUGGUUUGUUCCACAGAAAUACUUAUAAAACAGUCAAUCAUUCUACGAUCAUAAAAUCUCACGAGUGUUUCAGGCUUGGUUCAUCUGAGAAAACGAUGAAGCAAAACCCCGAGGCCAGUAGAAGAAAUAAAAUCAAUUUCAGGUCAUUCAGCACGAUGAAAUCACAUCAGAACAAAGUCGUGAUUUCAUUCGAUCAAACUGAACUAAGUGGUGAAUUUUUAAUAUUUAGAGAAAGACGUGACGAGCACAACAAAUCUGAUCAACCGUGAGUGUGCAGAUCCACGUGGCAGAAAAAGAGUUUAUCGUGAUUUGACAUGAAAAGAUUCCUUAAAGGCUAAACCUCUGUGUCUUCUAAAGCUUGUUUCCAUGGAUACAGCGGUGAUAAAUUCUAAACUGCUUGCAGUUACUCGUACAACCACGAGACGUUAUCUGUGUUAGCUGUUCCUGUUUUUGCAGCUUUCAGCUUGAACAAUAGCUGUGGAUUAAAAGCUUUCAGACAAAAACACCAUAUUUACAGUGUUAUGAGUCUGAGUUACAGCUUCAGUGGUGUAAUCAAAAAAUCUAAUGUUUUAAUCUGUAUAGACUUUAUUUAAUCUACAAAUAUGAUUUUUAAUCUAAAAAUAUAAAGACUCAGAUACAAAACAAUUUUAUUCUUGAAAUAUGUCAGAACGUCAGCAAAACAGUAAAAUGCUUUGACUCUUCUUGUAAAAAUGCUAACUUAUUCUUAAAUAUGCCACAACUUGGUCUUUUUAUUUUAGCAUCACUUUAUAAUAUUCAGACUUUUAUCGUAAAACAAAGCAGCAUAUUAUAACUUUAAUCCUGAGCUCCUGGAUUUGUCUGCGUCUUCCUCGUGGCCUCUGUUGCUCUCUGAGUUUCUCUCUGAUUACAAAUAAGCUGUUAUGAACAUCAUGAAGUGUAAAAUGUGAAGUGUUUUCAUGUAUUAUUAUAAUUUUAGUUCACCACACAGAGUUGCCAGUUUGUUCUAACAGGAAGCGAUGUGUCUGACUUUUAAACUUCGAACCUCGGCUGCAGAGCGUGCUUUCUAAUCAGUUAAAUAUCCGGACAGCUCUGUUUUUCUUUUUUUGUAAUGUGGUUAUAAAAUAUAGAAUGAACAUUUUUUCUUUAAUAUUUUGGAGUAGUGAGGUUUUGGUACAGAGUGAGGACACUGCUGUGCUCUAUCAGGUAAUAAAAGUGAGCAGGUGCGAAAACAAAGACAGACUGUUCAGAUUACAAACACGGUGGCAUGAUGUCAGAGUAACAAAAACCCAUCCAACAUUAAUUAUUAACAUUCUGUACAUUCACCUUUAUUUUAAAGGUGAAUGUAAAGAAUGAGAAACAUCAUAUGAUUAUUUCCACAUUUGCAACAAGGCUGACUGUGAAAGCAAAAAACUAAAUAAAUAAAUGAAAUCUGUGUACGUGGAGGAUGUGGGACAGAUUCAGUCCUCUAAAUGGAAGACACCACCGUUUCCAUUCGACUGAGUGUCUGUGUUUGUGUUCUUGUGUUGCUCUAUUUUUUCUUAAAAUAGACCAAAGGUCAUCAUACUUGCCCAGGUCUAACAAACUAAUGUUGGCAGUUUGACUCACUGACUUGCACCGUUGCUCUUCGCUGUGGGGAUUCAGGCUGGGCAGCUGUCCACAGAGAUUCAAAUAUGAAUAUAAUCUGCCAACAUCUUUUACUUCACUCCCGUUUUUGUGGUUGGUCAUGGCAGCUGGACCCCACAUGAAACCACCACAGCCUGUUUGGAUGAGGGAAUGACGAAGCCUGGUUCUCCCUGAGGUCACUUCCUGUUUAAGGAAGUUUCUUCUCUCCAUUCUCAGAAAGUGCUGCUCACUGUUGGCUCUCUGUGAGGCUGUAAUGCCUGUGACUUUAAAAUGCAAAAACUUUAUCCCUAACAGUAGAUACUUCGUGGUAUCUAUACCUAUCACGUAUUUGAAAAUUCAUGGCAGUAGAUACUCAGUACAUAGAAACAUACAUAUUGUAGUGAUAUUGCACAGUGGUGUACUCACUCGAGUUGUAAUGUUAGAGUUUUCAAUAUGGAUGCCUGAAUGUGAAUAAUAAUAUAUGUCUUUAUACUUUUGUA